AUGGCUACAUCCACUGUAUACCAAAAAGUUGAAAGGGAGAAUGAACAACUUCAGUAUGUGAAUGAUCGAAAUUUCAAUCAAAAGGGAAACUAUUCAGGAAACAACUACUAUCAGGGGUUCAAUAAUGAAGCGUUUGAGCGAAAGCCAUCACUGGAAGAUAUUUUAGGAACCUUCAUUUCGGAGACCAGAUCAAGGUUCAACAAAGAUGAGGCAAGACUUGACAACAUUGAGAUACAUAUGACCAAUUUGGGGGCUACAGUGAAGAAUUUGGAGGUACAGAUUGGUCAGAUAGCAACUGCAAUACAGUCUCAACAAAAAGGACAAUUUCCCAGUGACAUAGAGGUUAACCCACGGGAACACUGCAAUGCUAUCACCCUAAGAAGUGGUAAAGCAGUUGAAGAACGCAAGCUUAGAGAGGCUGGGGUACCUACAUCGGAUCCCAUUCUUACAAGGGAAAAGCAAACUGAAGGGCAGAAAACUGAGACAGAGGCAACAAAGAAGAUUUAUAAGCCUUACUCAAUUUCAUUUCCGGACAACCCACCUAUCUUGAAGCCCCCACUACCAUUCCCGCAGAGGUAUUUGAAGAAGGAGUUUGAUGAAAAAUUCGCAAAGUUUUUGGAGGUCUUCAAGAAAAUCCACAUCAACAUUUCCUUUGCAGAAACCUUGGCCCAAAUGCCUAACUAUGCCAAGUUCUUAAAGGAAGUGAUGUCAAAGAGGAGAAAGUUGGAGGAAUUUGAGACGGGCACUAUUGACCUUGGAGCUAGCAUAAACUUGAUGCCCUUAUCAACAUUCAAAAAGUUGGGUUUUGGAAAAGUAAAUCCCACAACCCUUACCUUGCAACUGGCGGACAGAUCGAUCACAUAUCCCAAAGGCAUUAUUGAAGAUGUAUUGGUGAAUGUUGAUAAGUUUAUCUUUCCGAUGGACUUUGUGGUAUUGGACAUGGAGGAGGAUGAAGAAGUACCAUUGAUUCUUGGCCGACCUUUCCUGGCUAUUGGAAGAGCAUUGAUUGAUGUGCAAGAAGGAAAGUUGACACUACGAGUUAAUGAAGAGCAACUAACUUUCAACAUCCAUCAAGAAAAGAAAGCCCUAGAAAAAGGAAAAGUAGAUAUUGGCAAAAUGAUCUAA